CUAGGGUGGACUUCCUCUCAUUCAGCCGGUCCUUUUCGCUCCAUGGCGAUGCUUGAGAAGCCACGCGCCACAGGCUAUGCCGAGCCCCCUCGAGCCGAACCGCCUGCUGCGCUGGAGCCAUCCGCUCCUAUUGAGCCAUCCGCUCCUAUUGAGCCAUCGGCUCCAUCAGCUCCACUAGCUGAGGAGGCAGCGCCCGCCGUGGCUCCCGCAGCACCGAGGCGGGGCACCACCCUGACCUCCCAGGAGCGGCGAGAAGCCAGCACAUAUGGAGAGCUCUAUUCCAUUUUGGUCGCCACGGAACACCUUGAAGCAGCCUUUGUGCGUGGCAGCGUUUCCAACGAGGAUUAUGAGAAAGCGUGCACCCAGCUGCUAGCGCAGUUCAAGACACUGAAGAAUGGACUGAAAGACAAGUUGCCAGAUAUUCGCGCCUUUGCGCAGGAGCAUGGGCUCCACUGCCCCUUGGCGGAAGAGCGGCUCCUGGGCGCUGGCGUGGCAGCAACGGCACUUUUCGGUGGACAGGCCGCGACGGGCAAGGAGAGCCUUGCUUGCUUCAAGGCAUCCGAAAACUUCAUCACCCUGCUCGAUGCAGUGAAGCUGAAUCUCAAAGCAGUAGAUGAGCUCCUGCCAUUGGUGCGAGAUUUACAGGCGAGCAUUGUCGGUAUCCCCAAUCUGCCACCCCUGGCUGGUGUUGACCGCGUUGCGGGGUGGCUGGUGACUCUGAAUGGCAUGCGAGCCUCUGACCACAUCUCCGAGGACCAAAGUCGGCAGUUGGCCCUUGAUGUCGAGCAGGCCUACACCUCGCUGAAGAACUGGCUUCAUGAAAAGACCUGAGAGCUGCUCAAGAGCCCUUGCUGAUCAUUGUUUCACCGGCUACACUGGGAGUACACUAGAAGUAGAGAAAACGGGAUGGAGCAGUGCUACCUGGAGGGUGGUAUGAGACAGAUCCA